AUGUGGUCGGAAUGUACAAGAGCAGAGGACGUACCGUUGUGAGCAAGUGUGUUAUCGCUGUACUCCUGGUUAUUAAAUUAUCGACUGGAAAUUAUUGGACCCACUGUCAAGAUCUAGCGUUUUCUUGACUGCACCUUUAAAAAUGGAGAAAAUCCAGAGAUUUAAAAAGAGGUCAGGCACAACCGAUAAAGGCAAAGAAUACGAAGACGUGGUUCUCGCCAAUCUUGUACUAAAUUUAGUAAGAGACCAAAAAGUAACCAACUUCCACAUCUCAUCAAAUGAUGCAGAGUUUGGUGCUUUUGACGAUAUUGUCAUAAAACUUGAACCAGAGAAGGGACACGAACGACACGUCAAAGCAGUGCAGUUGAAGCACACCGAUACGAAAACACUCUGCACAAAAAAUUUAGGUUCAAAAAAAGGAGACUUUAGCAUUAAACGAUAUUUUCAAAGUUUUCAAGAAAUUGAGAAAGACGCAGAUGAAUUCAUCUUAUUUACCAACCGAUCAUUUAAAUACAACGACAACGCAAAAUUUGAACUGGAAGAAGAAGGAUUUUUUGUUAAACCCGUUAAAGUAAAAGCGUCCGCGGAACUUUCAGAGAAAUUAAAUUGUGCUUAUCAGUUUGAAGUAGUAGAAGAAAAUUGGAAUAUAGAAAUGCUGCUCAAAAUUCAAGAAUAUCAACGGUUUUUUGCUAAAUUCUAUCUUUACGUUGAUCAAGAAAAUGUUGAAAAGAUGAAAAAGACAGCAGCUGAAAAAUUCACCAGAACAUAUUCUUCGAGUGUGGAAAUCUUCGAGAGGUUCCUCAAAAUAGUAUCUGAAUGGAACAUGCAAGAUGGAAAUAAAGAAAUGCUCAACAAAGUGUGGAUGCAACGUGUACUUGCGCUGCAGCUGUUGUUUCCCAAAAUUGAGCCUUUAUCUUUUGGUACUGUUAAUGACAAUAUGAAGGUAUUUCGAAAGGCGAUUUCUUCGUUCGCUAUCACACUUUUUAAAAACAAAUCAUGCGAAAUUGUUAAACAACUGUGGGGUGAUGUCGCAAAGGAAGAAAAUAUUGACUUUAAAGAAUUAAACAUAGUCAGGAAGAGAUAUCUAUCUAAUAUCCGACACAUUACUGCUAGUAAUAUCGACAACAUUGAUCCAAAUGCAUUCACGCAAUUGCUAUGGUUGAUGGAUAUGUGUCCAUUAAUAUUAAGGGAAUGUGAAAACGUGGAAAAAGCAAUCCAGCUAUGUCCCAACAAAAAGUUCAUCUUGGUUGGCGAAGGUAAAUUUGAGGAGUGGAUGAAAAAAUAUUCAGUGUUCCAACAACUAUCAAACUUGAAUAAAGACUCCGAACUGCGCGAACAAAUAAUGCAGAAUUUCACUAUAUCAGUCCAAGGAAAGGAAGCACUUGAUCUUGUGACGGCUACUGGAAGUGAUGAAAAAUUUUUAGAUAAUCUUACAACUGACAAUUUAGUGGAAAUGCUAAACGGUCCAUGUCGUAUAGGCGGAGAAAAAGAAACACUACCUGAACCUUAUAUUGAACGCUAUCUCUCGCGAAAUGUUGUAAAUAUCACAUAUUUAGAAAAAGUCCACGAAAACACAGUUGUUGUUUUAAAUUGUGCUAACAACUUUGAUAAAGCAAAAGACAUACUUGACAAAUGUACAUUAGUUGACAUUGAUAAGUUUUUGCAGACUGUUGAAAAUCUAACAAAUAGUGAGGAUUCUAUGUUGAAGUCUAAUCCAUAUACGUACUCAGGUAACUUUAACGUUAAUAAAUCUAUCUAUGCUAACGCAGACUUCGUUGGUAACAGGAAAAAGAAUCAAUCUAGUGAGUUCAAUGAAAGCAAACUUAAUCCUGACAAAUCAAAAUUUACUAAAGCAAUCUAUGUAGGUAAUCGGAAUUAUGAUGAUGUUGAACUUCAACAAAUUUUCAACGAAAAUAAGCAGUUUCAUUAUUUUCAACUUUUAAGUGAUGGGAAUUUAGAAUGGAUUAAAAGCAGAGGUGAUGUUAGCGAUCUAGAGGGUUAUAAGCUGACUAAUCAGUCUAUGGAAGAAAACACGCUGUGGUCUUGUCGGUUAGAUAAUCACCUUAAUCUAAUAACUGGCGAUCCGGGAAUGGGUAAAUCCGAGCUAAUGAAAAGCUUCAAAAACAAAUGUCCACCGAAAUACUGGACAGUUAUAAUCAGUCCUAAAGACGUUAAUUUAUUUUUUCACAAUACCAGUUAUCCUAAAACCGCAAAUUAUACAGAUUUAUUUGAAAAAUUUAUAGCGAAAGAAAAAUGUCGGUCGCUCAGUAAACUCGAUCGCGAUUUUUUCGAAAUGUGCGUCAAAAAAAACGACGUUAUUUACGUGUGGGAUGCGCUCGACGAAAUUUUAAGCAAACAUUUUGAUUUCGUUUUAAAUAUAAUCCUCGACCUCUCAAAAAAAUAUUCCCGUCAGUGGGUUACUAGCAGACGGCAUUUAAAAACACACCUAGAAAAAAAAUUCAAUUUGGCGUCACUUAGUAUAAAUCAGUUUAGCGAACAAGAGCAACAACAAUACAUUAGAAAACGUCUAAAAUCUUUUAUUUUUGAAGACGAAAUUGACAUGGCGCUCGAAAAAAUCAAAUCGUCUUUUGAGGUUGUUGAACACGUGGACAUACUGGGUAUCCCACUCCAAGUAUUCAUGCUCACCGAACUGUUCCGUGAAAAUAGCGAAAAAUAUUUGAAACUAAUGGACAACACAUUCCUGUUGACCGAUUUGUACGAUUAUUUUAUUGACGAAAAAUUUAAUAACUUUUACAAAGACAAAAUCGAAUUUGAUUUUCAAAAUCCUCAAGUGGAAAGAAUAGUUCGUGGAGAAAAACAAAGGGCUUUAGAUUUAUAUGAAAAUGUUGCCUUCAAAGUAAUAUUUCCAGAGGAAAUUUUGCACCGACUGAAUAUUGACUACGAAAAAUGCGUGGAACAAAUUUUAGUAAGUUAUGCUGGUCCGGGUCUUGUAAAUGAAUUCCAAAAUAAUGUCCCGCAUUUUAUUCACAAUUCUUUCGCGGAGUAUUUAGUCGCUAUAUAUUUUUCAAAAAAUAUUAACAAUGUUAAAGAUUUAGUUGCGGACAUACUCUUUGACGCAAAGUAUAAUAACGUCCGCUUCUUUUUUGACAUGCUGUUGGCCAAAAAUUCAGAAGCUCACAUUGCCGUCUUGUACAAAGAUUAUAUAACACUCAAAUCGUACGACGACGAAAUUUUAACACGCAAAGACGAAUGUGGCAGAAGUGCUUUACAUUUGAUUUCGUCAUGGGGGCAAAGACAUCCACCUGUAAAAAUAACCUGUGUAAAUGGGGAAUAUAUUGUCCACGAAGAUGGCAAUUUGGGUAAUAAGCCAGAAAACAAAGAAUAUUUUGAAACCAUAACGUAUUUGCAACGGAUGAACGAUGCUGGCGAACGUGAUAUGUUACUACUAGGGACACCUUUGUCUUAUGCUAGAAAAAGUGAGAGCUUAGGGGCGGAAAUAAAAUUACUUCAAACCAACAAAAAUGAAUUGCAAGAAUCAUGCGCUGACGUGGAAAUAAUAAACAUUUUAUAUUAUUCUGCUUUGCUUGGUUACGACGACGUGUGCAAACUAUUCACAGUUGAAGAGUUAAAUCAUUUUUGGUGCGGAAUGAAAUUUGUUACUGCGCAGUAUGCGGAAACACCCUUGUUAUUGGCCUGUGAAAUUGGAAAUUUAAAAAUCGUUCAUUGUUUUAUACAAUCCGGGGUCGAAGUCAAUCGCGCUAAUAAAAACGGUGCGACACCACUUUACGUAGCUUGCUUCCACGGUCACGACAAAGUAGUCAAAUACUUGGUGACAGUCGGCGCCGAAAUCAAUCGCACAGAUAACAAUGGUUUGACACCGCUUUAUAUAGCAUCUGAAAUGGGCUACGAAGAAGUUGUCAAAUACUUGAUGACAGUCGGUGCCGAUAUCAAUCACGCGACUAACGAGGGUUGGACACCACUUCACGUAGCUUCCUUCGACGGUCACCAAAAGAUUGUCAAAUACUUGGUGACAGUCGGGGCUGAUAUCAAUCGCGCUAAUAAUAGCGGUUUGACACCACUUUACGUAGCUUCCGAAAACGGUAACGAAAGGGUUGUGGAAUACUUGGUGACAGUCGGUGCCGAAAUCAAUCGCGGUAACAAUAACGGUUUGACACCACUUUACGUUGCUUCUGAGAACGGUCACCAAAAAGUUGUCGAAGACUUGGCGACAAUUGGUGCCGAAAUCAAUCGCGCCACUAAAGACGGUUGGACACCACUCCAUGUAGCUUCUGGAAACGGCCAAGAAAAUGUUGUCAAAUACCUGGUGACCAUCGACGCCGAAAUCAAUCGUGGUAAUAAUGACGGUUUAACACCACUUCACGCAGCUUCCUUCCACGGCCACAUAAAAGUUGUCGAAUAUUUAGUGACAGUCGGAGCUGAAAUUAAUCGUGCUAACGACUACGGUUUGACACCUCUUUACGUGGCUUCUGAAAACGGUCAUGAAGAAAUUGUCAAAUAUUUGGUGACAAUCGGCGCUGACAUCAAUCGCGCGAAUACUAAUGGUUGGACACCACUUCACGUAGCUUGUUUCGACGGCCACGAAAAAGUUAUCAAAUACUUGACGACCGUCGGUGCCCAAGUCAAUCGCCCUAAUAAUAAAGGUUUAACACCACUUUUUAUAGCUUCCGAAAACGGCCACGAUCAAGUUGUCGAAUACUUAGCGACAGUCGGCGCCGACAUCAAUCGCGGCAGUAAUAAAGGUUACACACCACUUUUCAUAGCUUCACAAAACAGCCACGAAAGAGUCGUCGAGCACUUGGUGACAAUCGGCGCCGAAAUCAAUCGUCCCACUAACAACGGUUUUACACCACUUUACAUAGCUUGCGAAAUGGGCCACGAAAAAAUUGUCAAAUACUUAGCGAUAGUCGGCGCCGAAAUCAAUCACGCCACUAACGACGGUUGGACACCACUUCACGUAGCUUGCUUCGACGGCCACAGAAAAAUUGUCAAACACUUGGCGGUAGCAGGCGCCGAAAUCAAUCGCGCUAAUAAUAACGGUUUGACACCACUUUAUGUAGCUUCCGAAAACGGUCACGCAGAAGUUGUCGAAUACUUGACGACAAUCGGCGCCGAAAUCAAUCGCGCUCAGAAUGACGGUUGGACACCACUCCAUGUAGCUUCGCAAAACGGCCACGAAUAUGUCGUCAAAUACUUGACAACGUUCGGUGCCGAAAUUAAUCGCUCUAGUAAUGACGGGUGGACACCACUUCACGUGGCUUGCUUCGACGGCCACGGAAAGGUUGUUGAGUUUUUGGCGACAGUCGGGGCCGAAAUCAAUAGUGCGAAUAGUGGGGGGUGGACACCACUUUGCGUAGCUUCCCAAAAUGGACACAAAUAUGUUGUCGAAUACUUGACUACAAUGGGGGCCAAAAUUAAUCGUGGUAGUGUAGAUUGUCGGAGCAAGCAGGAAAAUAUAGAAUACUUGACAACAGCCGGUGCCCAAAGAGAACGUCCGUCUUAUCAGAUAAAAUAUAAAAAGAAGAAGAUAUUUUGUUGCAGUGUAAUGUAGUUUCACAUUGCAUUAACAAAUUACAUUACAGUUUUAAGUACACUAACAGAUUUUUGGUUCAUGUUGACAUUAUCUGUACCAUCUCUUGGUAUUUGGAUUUUAUAGCUAAGCAGACUCUAAUGAAAUCCUAAACUUUGACUAUUCCGUGAACUUUUCCAAAAAUUAACAUUAUUAUUAAAUAGUGCUAAAUUAAAAUUAUAUGUAUACAAAACUCACUUGACAUGCACCUAGUAAAACUUUUAUAAUUAUGACUUAAGUCAUAAAAGUUUUACAAGUGAGUUUUGUAUAUGAAAUUUUUGUAACUUUUGUAAUUUCUUUAACUAUAAUUUUAACUUACUGACUGAUUUGUGACUAUAGAGAAUGUAAUGAAGUCGCACCUUUAUAGCAAAUAAUAUAAUUAGUUGUUACAUAUAAAAAAAACAGAACUGUGAUUUCUCUAUUAUUAAAUAACCAGAACCCGAUGCAUGGUACCGUUUAGUAUUGUCUAGAGAUUUGCUGCAUCGAUUUAUAAGAAACCUGAGAAAAAGAAAAAGAUAACAUAAUAUAAUAAUAAAAUAAGGUAUUUAUUUAGCUAAAGCUACAAUUUGUACAUAGGAGCUUAAUACUAUUUAAGUAACU